AGCAGCUACUGCUGGAACAUUAGUUCAGCCGAUGGUCCAAGUCAGAUGUAGCGUUCAUCUCCUGCUUAUGUUGGCUGCCAUUCCGAGUUCAUUGUGCUUCUCUCCUGCACCGCAGCAUCAAGUUUCCUUGAGGUCCAACGUGGCGCGAGCAACCUGCACUGGACACCCCGCCGCCGGUCUCGUUCUCGUUCCUGGCCAUCGUCGCUCAAGUGUAUCCCUUGCUGCGAACAGGGUGCCGGCAUUUGGUGAUGUGCAUCCCGGGCAUCACGAGCUGGAGGAGAGCCUAUCGUCCGACGCCACUAGCAAGAAGAACUGGGAGUUCCUCGCGCUACAGUGGGCGUUGAGGGAUGACAUCUACCCCAAGGAUUUCUUGGGGAGCUUCCAGCAGGAGGAUCACUUCGCCGAAGAAAGGGAGAUAUGGCGUGAGUCGUUCCAACAAGACCCGUCGUUUUGGACCAACUUGCAUUCCUGCGUCGGAAGCGGCUGCCAUGGAGAGGGUCAACAGGCGCUCUGGGAUGCGUUUGCUGAGGAGCGAACUCUUUUCGAGAUGCAGAAUGAGCUGAGCAUGCAGUAAGGAGGAAGGAAAGAUGUACAGAGCUGCUGUCGGUGUGUAUACUCGUCGAAGGUGCAAGCAAGACGGCAAGCAAAUUGUAAAGAGGAAGAGGAAAUGGAGAAUACCCUGUGUGAUGAGACGUGUUGAGAACGGUUAAAAGUAUCGAUGGAGAAGUGGCGGAUUUACUAGAAUUAGACCUGAUGCUAUA